GGUGAGUGCGGAGCUUCUGUGCGUUCGGCGUCGCGCUCAUGCAUCGCACGCGCACAGCUUCUUGUUUUCUGGGCACUUGCGAUGUGUGUAUAUGACCUGGAUUCUGUAUGGUAAUUUAUUGUUCCUGGAUAGCUGCGUUCCGGUCGCACUCACGACACAUCCCCCGCCGACUGAGUGCUAUUCGGAGCGCUAUUCCCGGCCGUACCAUCAGCGGCCCCGCAAUGCAACCCGCGACAGUGAUGCAACCACUCAACUUGCGCUGUCCGUCCCUCCAAGCAAAGUUGGCACUGGUGCAACUUCCAAGCCUCCUCCACUGACUUCCGCUCCUGCGGGCUUCCGCUGUGAGCCACUAGUAUCAAUGGUAUUGCAUCUUCCGAAGUGUUCUGCCUUGUUGUGGCCCUCCGGCAAAUUCCUGUACGCGUGUUUUUGGCAUGUUGUGCAGGAUGAGUGGAACCGUACCACAUCAGCCACAGACGGCAACGUUCGGCAUGACCCCUGUGGGAUUAGAACCGUGGCUGACCGUCGGAAAGUUGCAUUACGGCACCGCUUCUUGUUUGCUCUCGGUAUCCCUCUCAUCCUUCCGGAGAAGAUCUGUAGAACCAUGCAAGGUAGUCUUAAUCCUCAAGCAUCUACCAGUGCAAACUCCGAGACGAUCUGAUGGGUAGCGGGCGAGAUAGUUAAGUAAAUGUGUGAGAAUUGCAUCAUCAGCAUAAGUAGUGAAUCAUGAUGUACACACUGACGGUCAACGCAAAAAUUUCUCCGAAGUGUUGUCAAUUCCGAC